GUCACUCGCAAAAUCUGAUGACCGGUACCAUGGCCUCGACGAAAUCCAAACUGAGCGUUCGGCAGGAUGUGCUGGUCAGCCAUAAAUUCCUCAAGCCGAGUCCGAAUAACCUGCUCCGCCACCUUGCUUAGCGAAGAAAGGAGGCUAAUGGGACGAUAACUGCUAGCAAGGUGGGCAGGUUUGUUGGGUUUUAAAAUGGACACUACCGUUGCCACCUUCCAUGCCGACGGGAAGUAGUGGAGACCGAGCAUCGCAUUUAUAAUGUUAGUAAGCAUUACCACCUGAAUGGUAGCAAGCUUCUUAAGGGCCACGUUGGGGAUGGUGUCUGGGCCGGGACUUUUCCGGUUAUUGAGGGCUUUAAGGAUACCUCUGACUUCGCUGGGAGAAGUAGGAAGAAUGUCACUAUCAGGUUUUGGGAAAGUCAUAGAGUCCACCUGACGGCUGAUGGAGUUGUGCUCUACAACAAACCCAGGAAGACUGGCGUUUGGAGAGCAUUGCCGCUCAAGGGAGUCUGCAAACACCUCCGCUUUAUCCUUGUCCAGGACGACUUUGAUGCCAUCAUGAACAAGGUGCGGAUAGCGCAUACGCCUCCCUCAGAUAGACCUUAUGACUUUCCAGGUACGACGAGGAUGGAGUUCGGCCUCUGCUAUGAACUCCUGGAACGAGGAGCUCCGGAGUUCAAGCAGGCAGGCCCGGACCUCACGGCUCAGGGCGUUGUACCGGGCCUUGAUGAAGGGGUCCCGAGUACGCUGCCAAAGUUUCCUGCUACGGUUUUUCUUCCUGAUGAGGGUGACAACCUCGCCAGGAAGACUAUGCUGCUUGCAGAUGUUAGGAGUUCAAAAUCCUGCACCGCAAAUCGGUGGUUUCCAUUAAAUAACGGAAUUGCAACCAGUUGGUUUUCCUCUUACGAGGCUCCCACUGGCAACAAUUCUCGUUAAGUGCA